UGCUGGAGCCAAAAUCAGUGGCCAGCAAAGUCGUCGGCUUGCGCUUGCGGUCGGAGCUCACUUCGCACUUUGCUCAAGACACAAGAUGUUCACCCAGUACGCUAACUUGAAGCCGUUGGCCACGGCCGCCGACAAGAAGGAGUCGGGCGUCGUGUCCUUCCUCACGGAUCUCGCGGCCGGUGGUGUCGCCGGCGGUAUCUCCAAGACCGUCGUCGCCCCCAUUGAGCGCGUCAAGCUCCUCCUCCAGGUCCAGGCUGCCUCGACGCAGAUCAAGGACCCGUACACGGGCAUCAUCAACUGCUUCACGCGUGUCGCCAAGGAGCAGGGUGUGUCGUCGUUCUGGCGCGGUAACGCCGCCAACGUCAUCCGGUACUUCCCGACGCAGGCGCUCAACUUCGCCUUCAAGGACAAGUACAAGAAGCUCUUCCUCGAUGGCGUCAAGAAGGACCAGUUCUGGCGCUUCUUCAUGGGCAACCUUGCCUCGGGUGGUGCCGCCGGCGCGACCUCGCUCCUCUUCGUGUACCCGCUCGACUUUGCCCGUACGCGCCUCGGUGCCGAUGUCGGUGUCGGCAAGUCGCGCCAGUACAACGGCCUCGUCGACUGCAUCACCAAGGUCUACAAGUCGGAUGGCGCCAAGGGCCUCUACGGCGGCUUCGGUGUCUCGGUCGGCGGUAUCAUCGUCUACCGUGCUGCCUUCUUCGGCGGUUACGAUACCUUCCGUGAUAUCCUCAUCGCCGACCCCAAGAACGCCCCCAUCUGGCAGAAGUGGGCGGUCGCCCAGGUCGUCACGACGUUCGCCGGUAUCCUCUCGUACCCGUUCGACACGGUCCGCCGUCGCAUGAUGAUGCAGGCUGGCCGCGCCGACAUCAUGUACACGUCGACGCUCCACUGCUGGGGCAAGAUCAUGAAGGAUGAGGGCGCUGGUGCCUUCUUCAAGGGCGCUGGCUCGAACAUCAUCCGUGGUACGGGUGGUGCCCUUGUCCUCGUCAUGUACGACGAAUUCAAGGCCAUGAUGGGCUUCCAGGGCGGCUCGUCGUCGGAAUAAAUUAUUCCUUUUGUGUUAGCAAAUCGAAGAUCUAGAUUUGUGCGACUAGCUUAGCUAUAAUAGAACAUGGCGGCCUUGCACACCUCA